UUAAGAAUGGGAAGAGGCAGGUUUCUAUGAAACUCUUCCUACUGUAUUUAAAUCUUUCGAUACAAAGAUGUUUGCAGAAACGGACACCGACACACAGCAGGUUCACAUUUGUCGCGUGGACGGCGCAGGGCACCUUUUACAACCCAAAAGACACGGACAUGUCGCAGGCACGUUGGCGUUGGUUUUACCUGGCUGAGUGCGGAAUGUGGCAUAUGUUUCAGGUCAAUCCAAGUAAAGAGUGCUCUCUGACCAGUGAUUGCAUUGAACGGAAGUAUGUUCGUAAUCAGCAGGGUAUUGCGGAAUACUCCAUUGCAGGAUACAUAUACCUAUUUGAUUUCUUAGAUAUGAAACAGAUCAACAUGACAACAGGAAAAGACCGACCAAUCAAACGGGUCCUACAUUCAGACACUGGCUUCAGAUGCAUCUGCAAUACCAUCGCCCUGCCUAGCCCUGCACAUCAGGAAAAAAUUACUCCAGAUGAACCUUACCAGAUCAUCCCUCUUGACAGAGAUACAAGGGAAUUUAAAAGCGUGAAGAAACUUUUUGCGGAGACAAUGCCUGAUGCAGACAUAUAUUCAAUUCAGAGAAUACAGAACUCACACCUCUGGGAAUGCUUUCGCAGGAAGAGAGAACAGCUGAGCACGACAAAGAAAACAACCCUUGAUGAGAAGAAGUUGUUUCACGGCACAGAUCGUAGAAACAUUAAAUCCAUAUGUGCUUAUAAUUUUGACUUGAGAUUUUCAGGAAGCAAUGGUAAUCUCUUAGGCAAUGGAGUUUAUUUUGCAAAACAUGCCAGUUAUGCGAAUCAUUUCUGUCGAAAUGAGAAGCAUAAUGGCACACCAAGCCUGAAGGCCAUGAUUUUGGCCAGAGUGCUGGUUGGGGAGUUCACGCUGGGUGAAAAAGGGAUCUGUCGGGUCCCCACCAAAAACUGGACCAAGAGAGAAUUCUAUGACAGCUGCGUAGAUGAAUUUGCCCACCCAAAAGUCUUUGUGGUCUUUGACAGCAAUCAGGUAUACCCGGAAUAUGUGAUUGAGUUCUAUUAGUAAUCAUUCAGCUGGAUAUUGUCCUCUGUUCAAAUGAGCAUCAAGCAGUGUAAUGUGUCCUUAACCUUGAAUAAUGAAUGUAAGAAAAAUAAGACAUCCCACUUCUUUAAAUCUGUUACUCAAUAAUCACACUAUCUAACAUCUGUGACUCAAGAGUUAAGGACAAAGCAUGUUUUUUUUAUUUCAAGAAAGCAUCCUCUCUGUCCAGAAGAAGUUUAGAAUGUUAGACUAAGUGAAAGAUUAGUGAAAGAAACACUAGAUGGAAUAGGCAGGGAUGAGGGCAAGAGUAGUGGGCACAGCUUUUCUUUGUUUGAUUUAGUCCUGACAUU